GCUCCACGUCAUUUACGGGGAAUUGAUUUAUAUUUUCAUGAAUGAUUGUCAUAGCACUCUCAUUCCUUAUGUGAACAUAUUAAUUUUAGUUACAAGAUAAAUUAUACAUGUUGUCUUCAAAAAGAUAAAUUUUAUCCAAUAUUAGCAUUAAAAAUGAUCGAAGAAAAUUUGAGUGAGUCGAAUAAAGAACCAAUUUUGUAUGAAGUUCUAGAAUAUUUUGUACGAAAACAAGAACCUGAACUUUUGAGGUUCAAAAACGACACAUUACUAUUACCUACAACAGGAACUAUCAAAAAUGCAUUACGAUAUCUGAACAACAGGUAUUCUUUGCCUGAAAGUAUUUCAUUACAUGUAGGAUAUACAUUGCCGUGGAAGUUUGCAAUAGGUAAUCAAGGGAGAGUUCUAGCUAUUUUACAAGAGAAUAUCAUAGAAAUAAGGAGAUCCAAAGAUGAAUAUUCUACAAUUUCUGGAAAAGCUUCUGCACCAAAAGAUCCUUUUCCAGAGUGGAGAAAAAUGGCUUGGAGUCCAGAUGGCUCCAUUUUAGCAUUAGCAUCUAGCAAUGGAUACGUAUCAUUUUAUAACUCUUUUGGUAAUAAUAUAUUCAAUAUAACACCAAAAUCAAUGUCUCAAGAUACAGACAUUUUAGAAGCUGGAGAUGCCACAGCUUCAAUGAUAUUUAAGAAACCAAGAGUUGAAAGUGAAAAAUGGAAUUAUGAAUUUAUAAGGGUUACUUAUAGUGGUUUACUCAAAUCAUACUGUAUAUCUAGCAACAGCUUUAGUGAAAACCACAUUUUCUCAUUUGGAAACUUUUAUAGAAAUGGUGUAAGCUCCGUAUGUUACAGCGAAAAACAUAAUUUAUUUUACGUUGCUGGUAAUUUUGUUUGUUCACAAUUUAGUUGCUCAGCUUCACAAAUUGGCUUGACAUGUUGGCGAACUUUAAAUGACCAGCCAUAUUAUACAUUAGCAGUUUCAUCUCAAGAUAUUGAUAUGUACAAAUCUAAUUUUUCAAUUUGGAAUUUUAUUCCUAUGAUUAAAAGUCGUGCACAGUCAAUCAUUUUUAAAAUUACCAUAUCUCCAAACAACAAGCUUAUAGCUUGUUUACAUACUGAUGGAAUGAUUUCUGUCUGGAGCAUGCCAAAUUUGAAACUUCAAAAACAAUGGAAACUUCAUGAACAACCAAAUUAUAAUGCUGUAAACCCUCUGAAGACAACUAAAUUAAAAAAAUUAGUCAAUAUAUCAGAAUAUCAACCUUUGGAUAUUGGAUGGUGGUCUGAUGAUGCAAUUAUUAUAGCUCGAUAUUCUGGAUCCAUUUCUGUGUGCUCUGUGAGUAAUCUGAAAAAUCUUUUAGGAAUCAAUCCUGAAUUUUUAUACAGUCAUCCUCAAAUAGCUGAAUUGGAACCAUCUAAAGGAUUCCUUUGCUUAGAUUGUGAAAUGUUAAUAACUAGUACUAAAAAAUAUCACGAAUCAACAAUUGAUGAAAUGUCAGAAAAUGAUAAAGAUGAUGACGAAGUUGUAUCAUUUUCCAUUUUAAGCUACUUUAAAACUUUGAUUCAGUCAACUUUGUAUUCAAUAACAGACAUAGAACAUUUUCAACCCAAAAGGAAAAAAUCAAAAAUAUUUUAUAGAACUUAUAGACUGAUAGGUCUUAAAAGUAGAACACCAGAAGAAUUGUAUGCCAAAAAAAUGGAAAUAGAGGAAUAUGAAGAAGCAUUAAAUUUAGCAAAAACAUACAAUUUAGAUCCUGACCUUGUUUAUCAAACUCAGUGGAGAAAAUCAGGAUUUUCUAUGGAAUCCAUUCAUGAACAUUUGAGUAAAGUUAGCAAAAGAUUAUGGGUCUUAGAUGAAUGUAUAUCUAGAGUUCCUGAAACUUUAGAGGCUACUCGUGAGCUUUUAAAUUUCGGUCUUCAAGGCACCAACUUAGAAACUUUAUCAGCCAUUGGUGAAAAUGAUAGUACAAUGGAUAUAAUAAAAUUUACUCAAAGAGGAGAAGACAAUGAUAAUGAUCUUGAUGACGGCGAUAGUCAGUUAAAAAAAAUUCAAAAAAUGAAUAAAAUUUUGGAAACUAUUACUCAAAAUACUUUAUCAAAAUCUCAAAAACAAUUAAUGCAGUACAGAAAAAAAAUUUUAGAUCAUUUGGAUAAAUUGCAAACUUACGAAAUUUUUAUUGGAUCACAAUCUAAAUUUGAUAAAGAUUUUUAUACUGUAUUUAGAUCUAGUACUCCCGUAGAAAAUGCCGUCAAAUUUGCUAAAAGCGGAGAUGUUCAAGGUGUAGAAAUAAUGUUUUCGUAUUAUGGAGCAUAUUUAAUACCGCAUUGGUUGAUGAUUAUUAGCUACUUUCCUGAAACCUUACAUCCAGAAAAAUAUCGAAAACUUUUACCAGAAUGCGAUGGAGAUGGCCGUUUGUUUUUAUUAUAUCAAAAAGAAAUUAGGCCAAAAGAUUGGGUUGAAAGAAGUGACUUUUCUGCCUUCAUUGACCUGGAGACCUACGAUGAUGCAAAUUAUAUAUAUGAAGAAAAAAAUUCUUAUUUAGUUUAUAGGAAUAAAGAAUUGACUCAAGACUUAUUACAAAAAUGGUAUAAAAAUCGAGCUUAUGAAAUUGAGCAUGAUAGCCGUUUGGUUGAUAAUGCUCUAGCUUUGGUGAACAUUGGAAAAUCUCACAAUAUUCAAAAUUUAGAAAACACAAUUUUUGAAUUAGAAACAUUGGAUGAUUUAGUAUACAAAAUUGGAUUAGAGGAAUUAUCUCUAACUGAAUUAGAAAAGUUAAAUGACUUAGAAAAAAUGAAAUUAUUAAUGUCAAAGGCUGAUGAAGAUAGUUUUGUUUAUUAUUUGAAAACGAUUCUACUACCAUAUUCAAGGAGAAGAAAAAGAUAUCUUGGUAACACUUUAGAAAAAGAUGUUCUAUAUGACUACUUGGUUCACUUAAGCAAAAGAAAUUUGAUUUAUGCUGUGAAAUUUUUCGAAUAUUUGAAAUCCUCAUGUGAUUCAGAAGUAAUCGAUACUUUUGGGAGUAUUACUUUACUGGCAAUGGAUUGCAUAUAUGCAUGUGAUGAUAUUGAUAUGUAUUCUAAGGGAAAGUCUAUUUUUGAUUCGAUUUCAAAUCAUUUAAGUGGACAAGAAGAGAGUAGCAAAUUAUACAAAGAAUUAGAAAAAGAACUUAAAACUUUAAUGACUCUAAAUAAAUAUGGAGUAAAAAUUCCAUUGCACCAGAUAAAAAUUUGCAGACAAAAUAAUGAAAGAGCCAAGGAUUUACUUUUAUCAAUGAGUGAAAAUUUAGUAAAAAUAUACAACUGUCCAAAUGAAAAAAAUUGGACUCAGUUACUCAAUGAUAUGCUUGAUAUUCAAGAGCAAGUAUUGAAUUGCAUUGACAUAGAAAUUUGUUUUGAAAUUUGUAUGGUAGCCAGAUUAAAAUCCAAAUCUAAAGCAUCUAUUCAAGGGUGCAUUAAUUUGAUAGAAGUAAAGAAAAAAAAAUCUUCUCUCAAAGUUUCUUAUGAAAGAGCAAUACAGCUUAUUUUACAAGCAAGUAAUGAUUAUUUUAAUAAUUCUCAAAGUCUUAUGGAUCCUGAAAUAGACUUAGCAAGAGAGUGUCUUCAAUUGAUUUCUUUUAAUGAAAAAACAAUUAAAGAAGAGUAUGAUCUUUUAGAGUCACUGCAGAUUCUACAUGAAUUUAAUGUAGACAUAUUACCAAUUCAAGUACGAAUGACACAAGAUAAAUUAAAACUCAUCAAUGACUGUUUGGACAGUAAACUGGAUGCAUAUAAAAAUAAACAAAAAUUAUUGAAUCUAGCAGAAUAUUUGAGAGUAGAAAAUCGGAAUAGUAAACUUAGAGAAAAUAAAGUAUUGAGUUUAAUUGCAAGAAAAGCUUAUGAAAUCAGAGACUAUGUUUUUUGUUCAACUGUAGUGAAACAAAUGAUGAAAAAUAAUUAUCAAGCUGCUUGGAACAUUGCAUUAGAUUUAGCCUACUGUGAUGAUUAUCCAGACCUACAGUGUCGAUUAAACUGCAUAUGGUUUGCAGUAAGUAAUGGGCCUAGUAAUAUGAUUGAAGACUUAUUAAAACGGGCUAAUCUAUUACAAGUUCAAAUUCUUAAUAUUGAAUUACAAAAUUUAGUUCCAACUGACAAUGAUAGUUCUGACAAUGAUGAAGAAGAAAAUUCAAAUACAGCCAAAGAGGAAUCCAGAAAAGCCAAAUGUGAAGAUGAAGAAUGCAGGCCUAAUAUUGUCCAAACAUCAACAGAUUUAGUCAAAAGUUCAGCUCAAAAGGUAACUCAGUCAACUUUUGAAUUGAUUAGGAAUGCUGGGAACACAAAUUUUUGGAAAUCCAAACUAAACUUUAGCUUUACCGAAGCUGAAAAUAAAUAUAUCAAACAAGAAGAAAUUAUUGAUUCCAAAGCAUCCCAAAAAAAUAAGCAGAAAUUCUUUUGUUUCUAUGAAACUUUGAAUGAGAAUUUUGGUAUCAGCACUUUGAAUACCAAAUACUCAAAAUAUUCUAAAGUAGAUACCGAUAAUAAAUUACAACUGUAUCAAACACUCAUGAGAAUUUCUUUGCUAAGUGAAAAUGCCUCAUGUGGGACCGAAAUUAGUGAUAUCAAUCAUCUUUUGCUUGAUUGUGCUAAGUAUACCAUUUUGGAGGAUUGUAAUUUAGGUUUGAGUUACAUUUUGAAUAUAAAUGAUGAAUCUGUUUCUAAAGUUACAGAACUUUUUGAAAUUUCUCCAUCAGAUACAACUUUUACUGAACUAUUGAUAUACUUUUCUGCUUUAAAACUUUACUUAAGAAUGGCUCCAAAAUCUGAUGAAGUAUUUUCCUAUGAUCCAAAUGAAUUAAUUAAAUAUAUAUUUUAUACAAAAUCAUCCUCUUUGAUUGAGCAAGAAAAAAUAUUGAUAGAAAAUAUGAACUUACUGUUAAAUGCAAAAACUCAGACAGAAGAAACAAAUGUUCAAAUUACCAUACAUGCAAAUAAAAAUGAAAUAGAAAACACAUUUACAGUUGUAGAGAGUAAAAAAGAAUUUGAUACUCCCGUUAAUGUUAUAUAUAUGGAUGAGAGCAAAAAAAUAAAUUCAGAUUUAUUGUAUCAACCCGAAGCAGCAGAUGGAUGGAGUGAUGACUGGGGAGAUGAAUGGGUGGAAGAAUCCAAUGAUAUUCAAGAAUCAAAAUAUGAGGAGGCCAUUGAUGAUGAAACCAAUCAUGUAGAAGAAUUAAAAGAUGAGAAAGUACUCAAUCUUAUUGAAGAAUCAAAAAAUGAGGAAGUAGUUGAUGAUGCAGGGUCAUUUAUAAUGACAGAAGUAACAGAAAAUUAUCUGAUACCAGAAAAUGAUGAGAGUUUUGAACAAAAAUGGUCAAAAAUACAAAAUAUCGAUGACUUCAGGGAAGCUAAACAAAUAAUAUUCCAAAAAUUGAAAGAGAAAAAUUUAAAUACUGAUGAUAAUGAAAUAUACACUUGCACAUGGAAAAUGUUAACUAAACUUGUAAAUAUAGAUUCCAAUAGUAGCAUAGCUACUGAUAUAUUUUGUCAAGAGAUCAAAGAUUUUUUACAAAAAGGCUUAACUUCAACCGAUAUUUUAGUCAAAUUUCUUAAUACUGAGGAAAGUAUACUUACUCCAGAACAAAAUAUUUAUUUAAAGUUAUGUUCAAAGCAAAUGCAACUUCAAAAAAAUGCUAUUGACUUUAUAAAAUUGAAUUAUGAAUCUUUAUCUCUCAAUUCUAUUAUUUUGGAAGAAAUCUUCUUCAACAAUCUUACAUCUUCAUUUGCAGUCAACCAUGACUUGUACAAUAAAAUAUUGGAAGUGGUUUUUGAAAAUCAAAAUUUGUUUGAAAUUGAAACAAAUGUAAAAAUAUUGAUUGAUCAUUUAAUCAAAAAUCAACAUAUUUCACACGCAAUAGCUUUACUGAAUCAACUGGAAGGCAUACCACCAGCUCUUAGUACAUAUGAAAAUUGUUUCAAGUUACUGUUAAAAAAAUAAAUAAAUUAUAUAUA